AUGCCGGAACCCCUAUCAGCAGUUGAAGAACUAUUGAAACCCGCUUACCUAGAUGACGACAACUUUGUGACCGAGGUAUCGGCCUUAGAAAAAGAUAUGUUGGGCACCAGUCAUACAGAUUCAGAUAACCGAAUUGAUGGCGCUAAAAAUACCGAGUGUGAUGAAGAUCAUUUUGAGCCCGAGCCAAGACCAUCGACUAUACGGCGGCGUCAAAAUCGAGCCAACAUUGAUCCAGUUUUAGCUGAGAAGUUUCGAGAAGCUGAAAAACUACGGGGCACCUAUCGGCGUAAUCAGAAAAAAUCUACUCCCCCCUCGACGUAUCAAUCGGGCGUAUCUUCCGAAGUUGAUGAAUCCAUUGUUUCUGAACAGAAUUGUGGAAGUAUGCCAAUCCUAUGCGAAGAAUGCGGGUCAAUAAAUUUCAAGGAUGAAUGGCCGAAAGGAAACAGCUUCACUUAUUGUUGCAAGAAAGGAAGAAUAAAAGAACCACAAGUUCAAAUGUGUCAGCUCAUUCAAGAUUUAAUGACCGGAAAACACCAGCACUCGAAGAAUUUUAUGGAGAAUGUCCGAUCUUUUAACAGUGCCUUAGCAUUUGCCUCAAUGGGAGCUAACGUUUAUUCGGCUAAAGGACGUGGUCCCUACACUUUUCGAAUCCAUGGGCAGAUUUAUCAUCUAACCGGAAACUUGCAUCCCGAUGAAGGAGAUAGCCCAAAGUACUCCCAACUGUACAUUUUUGAUCCUAACGAGGCAAGUAAUCAACGUAUUAACACUUCCGAGAAUUCCGGGUGUAACAUAGACCUCAUGAAAAUCCUAAGCGAAUGGAUGUCGCAAAAUAACAAGUUCACUGAAGCAUAUAGAAUGUUGUUUGAAGUUGAGCAAGAGUCUGAAACUGAAGCUAUGAAAAUGGGAAUUGCUCCGCCUGAAGUAUCAAUGACAAUUAUACAAGAUAGAUCAAUGGAUUUGAGGGUAUACAAUGCACCAAGGUCAAACGAAGUUGCCAUUGUGUUUAAAAACUCUGACGGGGAGCCACCCCUUGAGCGAGAUCUCCGCAUACAUUUAAGAUCCGACAGCACUUCCAAUAUAAGAAAAACCAAGACCUUAUACUUCUUAGACCCAAAUAUUGAUGCAUUGACCUAUCCUUUACUCUUCCCAUUUUCCGACCAAGCCUGGAAUAUGAAACUACGACUUACAGAUGGAAAGCAGCUGACCCAGAUGCGAUGGUGUGGCUAUCAAUUUGCGAUUCGAAAAAGAUUCAACGCCUUCCUUAGCGCUGGACGAUUAACCCAGCAGUACAUCGUGGAUUCGUAUGUUAAGAUGGAGGCUAAUCGACUUAAUUAUAUUAAGACAAACCAGAAGAAACUUCGAGUAGAACAUUACAAGGGUUUAAUGGAUCAUCUUAAUUCUGAGGCUGAUCUUGCUGGAGUUCAACCGGGGAAAGCAAUCAUCUUGCCUUCUUCAUUUCCUGGAAGCCCAAGGAACAUGCAACAAAACUACCAGGAUGCAAUGGCAAUGGUUCGUAAAUACGGGAAGCCAGACCUGUUCAUCACUAUGACGUGCAACCCCAAAUGGAUAGAGAUUGUCGAGAAUCUUGAACCAGGACAAUGUUCUGAAAAUCGCCCAGACCUGGUUGCCAGGGUCUUCAAUAUUAAGCUGAAGGAGCUGCUGGAUGACUUGCAAGAGAAACAUAUAUUUGGAAAGGUCGUCGGAGUUGUCCAUGUCAUCGAAUUUCAGAAACGAGGACUACCACACGCACAUAUUCUACUAAUUCUGGAGCCAAGCUCAAAACCAUCAAACACAGAAAUUAUUGACAAGAUUGUGUGUGCAGAAGUUCCCAAUGCAUUCGACAAUCCAAGGCUCUAUCAGUAUGUCAAGUCUCAUAUGAUUCAUGGCCCUUGUGGGUCAAAAAACAUGCUAUCGCCAUGCAUGGACAAAUCAAAAUGCACCAAGGAGUUUCCAAAGGAAUUUCAAGAGGUUACAGUGGCUAAUUUAAACGGCUACCCAAGGUAUCGACGACGGGACAAUGGAAUAUCCACUACAGUGGGAAGGCACGAAGUAAAUAAUCUUUGGGUUGUCCCGUACAAUCCAUACCUUCUAUUAAAAUACAAUUGUCAUAUAAAUGUUGAAGUUUGCGCAAGCAUCAAAAGCGUCAAAUACCUCUAUAAAUACGUCUACAAGGGAUACGAUUGUGCCAGAAUUGUUGUGAAGGAAGGAAAUGUUCAGCAUAACGAAGUCGAAUCAUUCUUGGAAUCUCGAUGGGUGGGUGCAGCUGAGGGGGCAUGGCGUAUUUUUGGGUUCAAUAUGCACAAACAGUCUCAUACCAUUGUUCGACUGCAAGUGCAUUUGGAGGACUUUCAGAGUAUCGUUUUCGACCCUGAGAAACUAGCCGAUGAGAUCCUCGAAGUAGGUGCUAGAAGAACUACUUUGUCAGCUUGGUUCGAUCUUAAUACAAUAGAUGAAAGCGCCAGGGAGCUACUUUAUACCGAGAUCCCAGGACAUUACCGAUUUGUCAAGGGGAAGUGGAUCAAGCGCAUACAAGCAGGAAACAAUGUUAUUGGCAGAAGGUACUACCUGAGGUUAUUGCUGCUUCAUGUCCGUGGUGCAACAUCUUAUGAUGAUAUAAGAACCGUGGACGGAACACUAUGCCCAAAUUUUCAAGAUACGGCAAAGAAAUAUGGUUUGCUCAACGACGACUCAGUUUGGUUGCUGACUCUAGAAGAAGCUGCAGUUGCAAGUAUGCCAAAACAAAUGAGAGAACUGUUUGCCCUAAUCUGUGUGUUUGGUCUCCCUAAUGACGUUAACACACUCUGGAUGAACUUCAAGCAAGCGAAGUGUGAAGACUUUGCCCAUCGAAAUAACCAUGAAAAUUGCAUCAUCCACUGUGAAAAUUUAGCCUUGACCGAAGUAGAAAGCGUAUUAUGGCUUCACGGAAAGCGAUGCAUUGAAGUCGGCCUACCAGCACCAAUUUGGGUCCCAGUGGAUUUGAUAUACGACUUUGAUGUUUCUGCUGAAGCAUCCCGUGGAAUGGAACUAUUUUGCUCUUUGAACGACAAGCAGCAUGAAUCAUUUUCUGUCAUCUGGGACGCUAUUUCGGACGCCGCCCUAACAUCAAAAUGCUUCUUCCUUGAUGGUCCGGGUGGAACAGGAAAAACUUUCGUUUAUGAGACUUUGAUUGCGUCCCUUCGUGGGGAAGGAACCGUUGCUUCAACUGGAAUUGCUGCGAAUCUCCUUCCAAAUGGUAGAACAUAUCACUCCCAAUAUAAAUUGCCAGUUCCUUUGGUGGAGACGUCGGUAUCCGAUAUUCGUCUAACUUCUCAAGAUGCUCAGAACUUAAGAGAGGCGAGUUUACUAAUUUGGGAUGAAUCAACAAUGGCCCCAUCGCAUGCCUUGAAUGCUGUCGAUCGCCUUCUAAGGGAACUUAUGAACAAUGAAACACCAUUUGGUGGUAAAGUCCUGCUACUCGGAGGCGACUUUCGCCAAUGUUUACCCGUUGUCGUGCACGGAACUAAGGCUGGAAUAAUCGAAGUAUGUCUAAAAUCUUCACGACAAUGGAAGGAGUUUAGGUUUUUGCAUCUUACCGAAAAUGUUAGAUCAGUUGACCCUGAAUACAGCGAGUGGAUAUUGUCAAUCGGCGACGGAACAUUGACAAAUGACGACAAUCUUCCGGACGACAUAGUUGAAAUUCCCCAGGACUUGAUUUCCUCCGGCAAUAUUGUUGAAGAAAUUUAUGGAAAAUCACUCUUAGCUACAACAAUUCAUCAAUUCACUAAUAGAACGAUUUUGUCACCAAAGAAUGAACAUGUCGAUGGGAUUAACGCCAAAGUGCUGGAAGUGCUGAAUUCAAUUGAAGAUAAAUGCGACCAAGAUGCUAAUAACUAUCCUAUUGAAUUUCUAAAUGGGCUAAAUCCAUCGGGUAUGCCUCCACAUUCUCUGCAGCUCAAAGUUGGUGCUAUUAUCAUGCUCCUCAGAAACCUUAACACAAAGAGAGGUCUGUGCAAAGGUACGCCACUGAUCGUAAAGGAGUUGAAGCCGAAUUUAAUUAUCGCCGAAGUUAUAUCCGGAACAGCAAAUGGUCGCUUCGUCUUCAUUCCUCGGAUUGACUUGGCACCUAUAACUCCGGAUCUUCCAUUUAUCCUUCACCGGCGACAAUUUCCAGUUAAAUUAGCCUUUGCGAUGACUAUCAACAAGUCUCAAGGGCAGACCUUCGACAAAGUAGGACUUCAUCUACCGGAACCAGUAUUCUCACACGGACAGCUAUGUUGCGUUGUCAAGGGCACGCCGGUCGUCUGA